CGUUUGAAUAAACCCAUUCAUUUGAUUUAAGUAAAAUUUCCAUAAUUAAAAUAAACUAUUUCUUUGUGUCUAAUUUAAAUUCAAGUGGUAAUUCUUCCUUGAAUUUAGUUUUCUUUUUCAAUCUUCGGAAGGAGACAUGUUUUAUCUCGCUUGCGCAGAAGUUAUUGUACAUUAUCAUUUCCUUUGUUGUGGAGAGAGUAUUGUCCAGUCCAUAACGAAGUGAUGAAGCACAUCAACUGAUACGAGAAGAAUGAAAAUGUCAGAUUGUUUUAUGACUACCUGAGAAACUAUCGGAUUUAGCAGGGCACAAAUGCAAAAAGAAUUAUCAAGUGUUUUCGAAAAUAGGGAAGCGACCAAAAGAUAACCGAUUCCAAUUUUUUGACUAUUCUAUAAUUAAAGUAGAACUAUUUUCUUUACUUGUAUAAUACGAAUUGUAUUGCUAAUUUCAUUUGUUGAUAAUGGCACUAAUCUAUAAUUAUGCGAUUAUUUUUUUUUAUUGUUAAACGUUUUUCAUAUAUUGAUCUACUAAUCCAAUGAUCUACUAGAUAUUUGUGCUCAUCUGUUUGUCCAAUGUUUGUACUCCAAAUAAUUUUCGUUCCAUACUUAAUACAUUUAAUUAGGUACAGAACCCAUAAUUGGCGCAUUGGGGAGAUUUAUUUACUUUUGAUUGAAAAAUUCAAGGGUUUUGAUUCAUAAUUUAGUUAUUAUCUCUUAGUCAUAAAAGAAAUCUCUCAACUGGAGAAUCUAGUGAUUUAUGAAUGUAAAUGAUUAUUCAAUUGUCUUUAUGUUUGAAAUAAAUUCUCUACUUUUUUGUCGUAUUGUGAAGUUUAAAAAUAAACUUUUCAUCGUUUCGUUGAAUAAUUUUCUAUUACUCGAAGUCACUUACGUCAUCUGUGGUCUCUUUGUCUCGUUCCUCAGAAGAAAAUUGGCGAACAAUUUCAACACAGAAAAAUGAGCAGUCUCCCGGGAGAGGCUUUUAUCCAGAAAAAAAAGAGAAAUUAUAUAAUUUCGUCUGAAAAGGUCAUUUUUAUUACGUGCGGGAGAUUGCAUCAGGCAAAACGGGAAAUUACAAUAAUUUAAAUUAGCUGUUUACUUUUUUAUUUCAAUUUUAGGAAAUGUUGAGGCAUUGAGGGGCUUCUAGACUGUCAGGGGAUUGAGGACUGAAUGUGAGGGAAUAUUUUAUGCUCGUCAAUUAUUUGUCAAGCGAUGGAAUCAAUUGCAGGAACUGAAGAAUCAAUAAUUUCGUUCCGAGUUGAGAAUUGCAUGACAGGAUUGAUACUCAUGUCCACGUCUCGAGUGGUAAAGUGGGGAGAAAACUGUGGGUAAAUAUUUUUCAAUCAGCCUAUGGAUACGACAAAGUGCAGUCGAGUGUGGCUUCAAGUGGUGCAUGCGGAUUCGAUUGAAUCACGUAACUGAACGUUUUGAAAAUAGAAAGAAGAACUCGAAGGAUAGAAUAAUUCCACUGGAAAAAAUCUCGAGGGGAGACAGAAUGUCUGACAUGAAUGCGGGAAUUUUGAGGCUGAAGAAUGGAGAGAAUCUAGAGAAGAACCAACUGUACAAUAAAAAAGAUGGGUCGAUAAAUCUGGAGAAACCUUUGAUAGACGCUAAAAAAAUUGACGAAACGGAUGACAUUGAGAAAAUGUACGAGUCAAUGUUGCUUGUGCACGAUAAUUCAACAAAAACACAUGAAAAAACCGAGAUAUUCGAGGAUGCGCUGAAUGAACCAUUGAACUUAAACACGGAUGAAAAACUCGACGAGGAGGAACUCGACCUGGACCUGGAGGAACCACCACCGCCGGAGGUGUUGGAGUAUGCAAGACGAGAACUGGGCGAAACGGACGAGGUCAAGUGUCAGACUCUCGACGAGCUACGCGACAUGAUUUACGAGAGGGGCGAGUGCAAUCCGCAUCGGAUGGACGACGCUUUUCUCAUCAGGUUUCUUCGGGCGCGUAAUUUCAAUGUCAAUCGAGCUCAUCGAUUGAUUGUCAGAUACUAUAACUUCAAGGAGGAGCAUCCGGAGAUUCAUGAGAAUGUCGAUCCCCUCAAGAUGCGUCACAUUGGAGACGACGAUGUCAUGACAGUGCCUGGAUACAGGACCGAGUGCGGACGCAGGAUGAUGAUCUACAGGAUGGGAAAUUGGGAUCCCAAGAAGUACGGGGUCGAGGAGAUUUUUAAGGCGACUGUUAUUAUCCUUGAACUCGGGGCCUUGGAGCCACGCGCACAGAUACUCGGGGGAUUUGUGAUAUUCGACCUUCGUGAUAUCACUAUGACUCAUGCGUGGACUAUGACCCCGCAGAUUGCGAACAUGGUGAUAGCACUUAUGGUGACGUCAUUCCCCAUGAAGACACACGCAAUUCACAUACUCCAUCAGUCCUGGGUAUUCGAUGUGAUAUAUUCAGUUUUCAAGCCACUAUUAAACAAGGGAAUGCAGGAACGUGUUUUCUUUCACGGAGAUGACAUGUCAAGCCUUCACAAGCAUAUCAAACCAACGAGCCUUCCCAAGAUGUACGGCGGAACGAGGGAGGAAUUGCCUUAUUACAAGUGGAUAGAUUCACUCAGCAAGAAACCAAAAAUCGUCAAGCCCAUGCAUGAAAUCGGCUACAUAGUCACGGAUGAGCAGUUGGCGAUGAUUAAAAACUGGUGAUUCCACGAGCUCAAUUUGAAUUUAAUUAUUCCGGUAGAUUGUUUUAGUCGACUAGAAACUGGCAGAUGAGUAUUUUUAAUCGAACAAAUGAAAUGAGAAUUGUUUCUAGUUAUUUAUUAGUAGAUAAAUCUAAACUAAAAAUAAAUUUCCAUAUUUUUCCAACAA